AUGCGCGUGCGGGGAGAGUCUCACCUGCUGCUCGUCGGCGACGCGGGCACCGGCAAGUCGGCGCUGCUGCGCCACGCCGCGCGCCUCUCGCCGCGCUCCUUCGACUCGAUCCGCGAGCACGACCGCGGCGCGAUCCACGAGGCGAUGGAGCAGCAGACGCUGUCCGCGGGCCUGGUCUGCAAGCUGCGCACAAAGUGUUCCGUCUUUGCCGCGUGCAACCCAAAGGGCAAGGGGUACGACCACGACCGCUCGAUCUCUGUCAACACGGGCCUGCCCUCGCCCCUCCUCUCGCGCUUCGACGUGGUGCUCCUUCUCCUCGACAAGAGCCGCGCCGGCGGAGGGCGCAGCGAGGAGCACGACCGCGACGCGCAGCACAUCUUGCGCGAGGCGUGCGGCGAGGAGGGGCCGCCGCCGGAGCCAGACGCAGCGACGUGGCCGCUCGAGAAGAUGCGCGCGUACGUCGAGUUCGUGCGCGGCUCCUUCCGGCCGUCUGUCACGCCGCCAGCGCAGCGCGCGAUCGUGGCGUACUACUCGCACCAGCGGCAGGCCGACACGACGAGCGAGGCGCGCACGACGAUCCGGCUGCUCGAGUCCGCGGUCCGGCUCGCACAGGCGCACGCGCGGCUCAUGUUCCGCGAGGAGGUGACCCUGCUCGACGCGAUCUACGUCAUCGUCGUACUCGAGUCGUCGACGCUCCACUCGCGCCUCGCGGGCGGGAGCAUCUGCGCGCUCACGUCGAUGUUCGACGAGACGCCCGACGCGACCUACCCGCUGCUGCGUGAUAAAAUCCUCGACUCGCUCGGCAUCGACGCCGAGGGGAGGCCGCUCCGGCAAGAGGGAGGGGGAGGGUACCCGGGAGAACGCCUGGGCGGGUACAUGUGA